AAAAAGAAAUACAUUCAGCGUCACGAGACCGACGAUGAUUGGGCUGCUUUACUCACCCACUUCUCCUUUUUCCUCCCUCUUCCCCAGCAAACACCUCCCAGCCACCAGAUUUACCAAAAAACCCCUCCUACCGCCGGAGAAUUUACAGACAUAGCCAUAGCCACGUGGCUCAAUGGAAAUGGGCUGUUCUGGAAUUCCCAUCAUCACCGUAAUCACCAUCUCCGGCUGCAGCCUUCUCUUCCUCGCAUUCCUCAGGAACGUCCGUACGGAUUCUUCUCAAACCACACAAGAGGAAGAAACGACGGACGAUGCCACACCCAAACGCUCCAUCUCUUCUGGAAAGAAAAAGGUGAGGUUUUCUGAGGACGUGGAAGAGCCGUCGGGGAAUAACGUGGAAUACAGGAGACGACGCGGCGGACAGAGGAAGACGAUUCCGAAGAAGGAUGGAAGGGAGGAGAGGAGGGAGAAAAGGGGCGUGGAAUUGCCUGCGAAUCAGAGCGCUCUGUAUAGUGGGAUUUAUCGGUACCGUUCGCAGAUGUCCAUGUUGAUGAUCUACGGCUGAUGAUCAUCUUGUGUUUGCGCGUGUGCAUGUAUGUAUGUAGUAUGUACAUUAAAAAAAAAAAUUUUAAAA